AUGGACACCCUUGAUUUGAUUUCCAACAACUUCACAGGUAGUGUUCCAAGUGAUAUUGGGAGAAACAUGACCAAGCUUUGGGAUUUGCUAAUGGCUGAAAAUAGUCUCACCGGUGUCAUUCCUCCAUCCAUUGGGAAUAUGUCAAGCUUGGUGAACCUCAUGUUGGAUAGGAACCAAUUCUCCGGGAAGAUCCCAGCAGAGUUGGGGCAGCAUCCGCAAUUGGAAUUCGUAGUACUUUGGGGGAACCAGCUUACAGGCAAGGAAUUUUCGGGGUUCGUUCCCGGAAAUAUUCUUUCAAAACUAGAGCAGUUGUAUUUGUUAGAGAACAAUUUGGCAGGUGCAUUGAGAGACUAA